UGUCUCGAGGAUGCACAGGCGUGAUCUGGGGCAGGAGCCCAGCGGAUGCAGCGGCCAUGGCCAGAACCAAAACUACGAGGACCUUCAUACUGAUCGUUGUACGGUUAAUGAAUGUCUUGCUUCUGAUAAUUGAGGCUUUUAUACACCAUCAAGAAUCUUAUCAUUAUGACACCUUGGGCGAAUCCCAAAUAAAUUAAUUCGACUUUGAAUUAUGGUCUUAAUCUGCUUGUUUGGUGAAAAUCCCUUGCCUACCUUUGACUUCAUAAAAAUUAAGUGUUAUAAGGAUAAGUCAAUGCUAUCAAAUGCAUAGUACAAUUAUAUUGAUAAAGUUCACUCAUACUGCAAUACGUCAACGAAUGGAUUUAGCUGAUAGGGAUUUUCCCCACACAGGUAAGGGCUUUUCCCAUGGACUGAUGAAGAUAAGACGAUAUAAGACUGGUAUAAAACAGCCAUAGUUUGUAAAGAAAAUUCAUUAAUUUCUUGUUGAUCACCAUGAAGGUUUUCGUAGUUUUGGCUUUGGCUCUUGCCUCCGUGUCCGCUGGACUUGUGCCUCAGGCUCUGCCUGUGCGUCCUCGUGACAGGACAUCGACACCAUCUAUUACUGGUCGCAUUACCAACGGCAAGAACGCUGUGGCGGACCAGUUCCCCUACCAGGUGGGACUCAGCUUCAUUGGAGCGGAGGGCAGUUGGUGGUGUGGUGGCUCCAUCAUUGACAACUCCUGGGUUCUGACUGCAGCGCACUGCACUAGCGGUGCCUCCUCCGUGACCGUCUACUAUGGAGCUACCGUUCGCACCAGCCCCAAGUUCACCCACACCGUCUCCAGCUCGAACUGGAUCCAGCAUGCCAGCUAUGUUUCCGUGACCCUUCGCAACGAUAUAUCCCUGAUCAAGACACCAUCCGUGACUUUCUCGUCCUCCGUCAACAAGAUUGCCAUCCCAGCUAUUGCCAGCAGCUAUUCCACUUAUGCCGGACAAGUCGCUGUCGCCUCCGGAUGGGGACUGACCUCCGACACCUCGACCUCGGUGGCCCGGGAUCUGCAGUACGCUGAUCUCACGGUCAUUUCCAACUCCGUGUGCCAGGAGACCUAUGGCAGCUUGGUGGUUACCAGUCGUGUUAUCUGUGUGGAUGGUGUCAAUCGCACCUCCAUCUGCGGUGGUGAUUCCGGCGGCCCAUUGGUUUUGGACGACGUUUUGAUCGGUGUCACCUCCUUUGGAUCUAUCGAUGGCUGCGAGAUUGGAGCACCAGCAGGAUUCACUCGAGUCACCAGCUACUUGGACUGGAUCAAGAACAACUCCGGAGUUUCCGCUUAAGGAGGUCAUUUCAAUGUAUCCAAGUUUUUAACUCGGUUCAUUAAAUAAAAAUCAAUAACAAAAGCAACUUAGAUUAGCAUUUUCUUU